AUGGAAUCGGUCAUCCAGGGACAGAAAACUGCUCUUAUCACAGGAGCCGCCUCCGGUGUGGGGUUCGCUGUGGCCAAGUUCUGCCGGAGCAAGGACAUGCACCUGGUUCUCUUGGAUAUCGACCAGGAGAAUCUGGCCAAGGCUAAGGCCGUCUUGAGCGAAGCCAAUCCACGUCUCAUAACCGAGGCUUAUGUCCUCGAUGUGGCCGAUGCGGCGUUGUGGAAAGAGACCACUCGCCAGAUCCUCCAAAUCGUCCUGGAGAUUGACUUGGUGGUGUUGAAUGCCGGCAAAGGGUACAAAGCACAGGGGACCGAUGCCGGGCGGCUGAAGCCCUGGCUAGAUGGAAGCUACUGGGACAAGACCUUCGACACUAAUGUCCGCGGCCCGCUUAAUGGACUCGAAUCAUUGCUGCCGGUAUUGGUCGCCUCGAAGAACAAGACCCCCAAAUCGAUUGUCAUCACCGGCUCCAAGCAGGGCAUUACCAACCCGCCUGGAGCGGGCAACCCGGCCUAUAAUGCGUCCAAGGCAGCAAUCAAGAAUCUGGCCGAGCAUCUCGCAUUUGACCUGCGCUCCGAUCCCGCGACGGCGCAUAUCUCAGUCCAUCUGUUGAUCCCCGGAUGGACGUGGACCGGCUUGAUGGGCAAUGUUGGGCCUACCGAUGAGGCCGACAUCAAAAAGCCUAGCGGAGCGUGGUAUCCGAGCCAGGUUGCCGAGGAGCUCUUUAAGGGUCUCGAAGCAGGAGCGUUUUACAUCGUCUGUCCGGAUGGCGAGACCGACCGCGCCCUCGACCAAGCACGGAUGAAAUGGGGCAGCGAGGAUGUGGUGGAGGGACGGCCCGCUCUCUCUCGCUGGGACGAGAGUUGGAAGAGCCGCGCCGAAGCCGCGAUUCAGGCUGACGCGACAGCGCGGAGAGCGUAA